CUUCUUAUCAGGACUCCCAUCCCAGCGGUCAUGCCGCCACCUAUCCCAAGAUGGGUAGCAUCUGCGAUGCGGUUGUCAAUUAGCCUAAGGAUCAAGCUCGUAUCGGGGACAUCCGCUGUGGAUCCCUGACUUGCAGCUACACCGCGCCGUUGUCACCUUCCCGAUGGGGUAUCUGAUAAUGCCGAUCGUUGUUUGUAUCACGCUGGCGAGGAAACCUCGCGUGAGAGCACAAAGGAACUAGCAUUUUUUUCGCCGCCACAGCCCUAUGGCCCAAACAGCAUUCCACCAAAUGUCUCGGCUCCGGCCUAUCAGCUACCAAUGAUUAGCAUGCUAUCUACAUUUACCGAGCUCGCCACGGUAGGACAGUCAUUGGUCCUUGGCAUUAUGUGUAGUUUAAAGAAGCAUUGCUCGCCACGACGCCGAGCCCGCCGUGCGCGCUUCUGCCAUCUUGCUUCAGCUCACGCCAACUCAUUGAUUCGCCAUGGCUUCCCCCGAACACGGAGUGGUCGAAGCCACUCAGCUCCACCAAGAGCUUAUACUCGAUGCCGAGAAGCCAGAGAAGGACAUAGUUGGAGGUCAACUGCGCCCGAGCAUCACAUCUACACGUGAUGUUACGGCUGGUGAGCUCGAGAAAACGGCUUCAUCCACUGCAGAUGGAGAAGAGCCUACCGAAGAGGAGAAACGCCAGCUACGACACAUUGGCGAGAACUUGCCCAUUUCAGCUUUCCUCGUGGCAUUCGUCGAGCUGUGCGAGCGCUUCACCUACUAUGGUGUCCAAGGAUUGUUCCAAAACUACAUUCAACGCCCGUUUAAUGGCACAGAAGGACGCGGUGCUCUGGGUAUGGGACAUCAAGGCGCCACAGGUCUGAGCACAUUUUUUCAGUUUUGGUGCUAUGUCACGCCAAUUCUCGGUGCCAUCGUGGCUGAUCAAUACCUCGGAAAAUACCUCACCAUUGUGGUCUUCUGCUGUAUUUACAUUGUAGGAUUGCUCAUCCUUUUGCUCACGAGUUUGCCCGUUGCUUUGGGUAACGGCGCAGGCCUUGGAGGUUUUAUUGUCGCUAUCAUCAUCAUUGGUAUUGGAACAGGUGGAAUCAAGUCCAAUGUCGCCCCCUUGAUUGCGGAUCAAUACAAGCGGCGUCAGAUGGCUAUAUCGACUUUGCCCACGGGUGAACGUAUCAUCAUUGACCCUAGUAUUACGAUUCAACGGAUUUACAUGAUUUUCUAUCUUUGCAUCAACAUCGGCAGUCUGGCUUUGCUGGCCACCCCAUACAUGGAGAGGGACGUCGGAUUCUGGAGCGCAUACCUUUUGGCAUUGCUCGUUUUCUGUUGUGGACUGGUUGUCCUGAUCUUGGGGCGCAAGAAAUACGUCGUGCGGCCCCCUCAAGGAUCAAUCAUCACGGAUGCAUUCAGGUGCUUGUGGAUCAUGAUCCGCCACCGAAACAUGGAUGCUCCGAAGCCCUCGUUCCAGGAACGCAUCGGAAACACCUCUAUUCCAAAGUGGGACGACAAAUUUGUGGAUGAACUGAAGAGAGCGCUCGUGGCCUGCCAAGUUUUUGCCAUCUAUCCUAUUUACUGGGUUUGCUACGGCCAAUUUUCCAACAACUUCGUCACUCAGGCCGGCCAAAUGCAGGGACACGGCAUUCCGAACGAUCUGAUGCAGAACUUCGACCCUAUUGCCGUCAUCGUCUUCAUUCCCGUCCUCGACCGCCUCGUCUACCCGUUAAUGCGCAAAGCAAACAUUAACUUUCCUCCGGUCAACCGCAUUGUCCUCGGUUUCUGGGUCGCCGCGCUGGGCAUGGCUUAUGCGGCUAUUUGCCAACACCUCAUUUACGCCGCUGGUCCUUGCUACGAGGCGCCAUUGUGUGAAGCUUCGAGAGACGCGAAGGGCAUGCUCCAAGGAAAUUACGUCCACGUCGCUGUCCAGACACCGGCAUACAUGCUUAUCGGCAUAUCAGAGAUCUUCGCAAGUGUCACUGGCCUCGAGUACGCAUACACCAAAGCACCGCCGAGCAUGAAGAGUUUCGUCCAGAGCAUGUUUUUGCUCACCAACGCUUUCGGAUCUGCCAUCAGCGAGGCCCUAGUCUCGGUGUCCAUCGACCCGAAGAUUUUGUGGAUGUUUGUCGGUUUGUCGGUCGCUUCUUUCAUUGCCGGAAUUGUGAUCUGGGUUAUCUUCCAUCACCUCAAUGACGCCGAGGAGGAGAUGAACAAACUUGGUUAGCGUCGGAUGACGCGAGUAGGGAAUUGCUGAGCGGAAAUAGCUCAUCACGCUUAAAGAUUUAUUGUAUAAUGAAACACGAUUUGUUCAUGUUCAGUUGCAUCUGCUGGUCACGUUACCCGGCUUGUCUGUAUUUCGGGCCGGCGAUUCCCCCGUUAUCUCUCCCGUCUCCAGACAUUCGUAACAUUCUGCGCAGCGCCAACUCAACAAACAUGUCGAUACUUCUCC